AAACCGGCAGAAAAAGCAAUACCACUAGAACCAUUGAAGAAGGAAGCAAAAGAAGACACGAAGAAGACGGAGAAAGCGGCACCUGCAGCAAAGGAGGAGGACAAGAAAGUCUCUGCUGAGUCUAAAUCUCUCGCCAAGGAGCCGAAAGCCAAAGCAACAGAUGCUUCAUGUUACUUAAGACCGCCAGAGUCCGGAACAAAGGACGUGGAUUCACAUCACGAUGACAAAGAAAUAAAUGUCGAGUUCCGCACAAAGCCAGUUUUUGGACGCAGAUCAAAAUUUAGUGAGUUUAAACAAAGUUUUAUGCGCAUGGAUAGCGUUAGCUUUUAA